GACCACGAAAUUCUGAAGUUUCUCAUGGGCCAGUAGGUGCAUACUGCCAUCCAGAAGAAAGGGUUAGUCAAACUCAUGGGAUUAGACUUCCAGAUCAAAUACCGGAAAGAGUGUUAUAAUGGGGUUGUGGAUGCGUUGUCUAGAGUGUUUGAAGAUGAGAUGGAGGGGGGCUGCAACACGCUGUUAUCGAUGCUCCCUGAAUGGUUGGUUGAUAUUGAACAUUCCUAUGAGAAUGAUACUGAAGUGGCAGGGUUGAUUGCAGCUGUUGCGGUGAAUAAUUCCGGACCCUCUUUGUGGUCAUUCUCAGCCGGCAUACUUAGAUACAAAGGAUCUAUUGUGGUGGGCUCUACGGGUUUCUUGCGUGCCAAGUUGAUCAAAUUAUUCCAUUCUUUUCCCGUAGGGGGCACUCGGGUGCUCAAGGCAUGUACCAGCAACUCAAAUCCUACUUUUAUUGGAGAGGUAUGAAGGUUGUCGUCACUCUGUGGGUUUUAGAAUGCUAAGUGUGUCAGUGAUGCAAGUCUGAAACUCUUGCUUCACGAGGACUCCUUCAGCGUUUACCCAUCCCUACUCGUGCCUGGUGUGAUAUUAGUAUGGAUUUUGUAGAAGGAUUGCCGGUUUCUCAAGGUAAACAAGUGUUGUUGGUGGUUGUGGACAGGUUCACCAAGACAACCCAUUUCUUUGCUCUUUCUCAUCCUUACACAGUUGCUGAGGUGGCACAAGUAUGUUUCGAUGGCGUUUUCAAACACCACGGUAUGCCCUCUACAAUUGUCUGUAACCGAUAUUCGACUUUCACGAGCUCAUUUUGGACGGAGUUCUUCAGGUUGCAGCGUGCUGAUAUCCACUACUCGACUGCUUACCACCCUCAAACUGACGGACAAACGGAAAGGGUCAACAGAUGCUUGGAAGAUUAUCUAAGGUGUAUGACAUUUCAAAGACCGUAAGAUUGCUUAGCUUGGUUAACAUUGGCCGAGUGGUGUUACAACACCCACUUCCAUGACAGCUUACAAAUGUCUCCCUUUGAGGCCCUUUAUGGAUUCCCUCCUUCCUUCUUUGGCCUCGGUGUUAUUCUUCCUACCACAGUGGGGGCUAUUGAGGAGAAGGUGUCAAUUCAGCGUCAGAUUGUUCAACUGUUGACUCACAACAUAGCAAAGGCACAGAAUCGGCAGAAGUAGUAUGCAGACUGGCGUCGUUCAGAACGAGUAUUGCAAGUGAAUGACUGGGUAUAUCUCCGCUUACAAACAUACCGCCAAGGUUCUCUUGUUGGACGCCAUGGGAACAAGCUAGCAUCUCGUUACUUUGGUCCAUACAGAGUGCUUUCUAAGAUGGGUGCAGUGGCUUCUCGACUCUCUUUACCAGUGAAGUCCAAGAUCCAUCCCGUCUUCCAGGUCUCCCAACUCAAGCUUUGUUGCUCCAUUGUACCUCCUGCUGCUAUGCAAUUACCUACAACAGAUGCUUCGGGUUCUCUAAAGUUGGCGCCUUCUCAUAUCUUGGCCAGGCUGUUCGUUAAACAAGGAAAUCAAGCAGUAUCCCAGGUGCUGGUUCAAUGGUCUCAUCAGACAGCUGAGGAUGCAACUUGGGAGGAUUUGGCCCAAUUAAAAAACCAAUUUCCUGCCUUUCCAGCUUGAGGACAAGCUGCCUUUGAAGGGGAAGGGUUUGUAACAACCCAGCUCGCCAGUGACGUGUACAGAGAGGCGUGUAUAAAUAGAAGAGCUUCACUUUACUAUUGGUUAUCUUUUGCCAACCUGUCAAUUGCAACUACUUUACCAAAUUCGCCUGUUAGCAAUAAAACUAGAACUCUCCUUCGUUGCUAUCCAUUUCCUUUUCCCUCUUUUCCCUCUUCUUUCCGGAUCCGCCAUUGACGAUCCUUACAAAGAGGCGGAUGGCUACAGCAGCUGCGAUGUCUUGUCGCCGUCACGUCCAGGCGUCUCGUCCCGCCAACGAGGAGAAGCAAGGAGCACAUAUCGUAGAGUCGUGGGAUUAAUCGGCAGGGGAGACAGAACAUUUUUUGUCUAGUGGUUGUGAAUUACUUUACGGGUUUGUUUUAAUUAAUUGUUUGAUUUAUGAUAUAAAAUAAUUAAAUUCAAAAUUAGGAGUGUUUAGAAGAAAAUUGGGGGGCAAUUGAGUAAUUUCACAUGCUCUUUAACGAUCACUUAACAAAUAAUUAGAUGUAAGGGUACACUCGUUACAUUUUUAUAUUAGAAGGGCAUGUUUGUGCAAAAAUUUAAUAGAGGGGUAUGUUUGUUAAUUUGCAAUAGUAAAAGGGUACAAAAUGCUAUUAACGCUAAAUUAAACAAUCAAAUCUAAAUUAUAUAUUUAAUUAUUAAUUGCAAAGGUAAUUAAUUCUUUAUUCGAUAAUACCGAAUGGGAUAACAAAGUAUCGAUUAGGAUAUCAAUAUAUUUAGGGAUUGAUAUUGGGUUAUCGAAAUUAUUUAGGGAUUGGGAUUGUGAUUGAUUUUAGGGUGUAAUUCGGUAUUGGGAUACCAAUACCGUACCGAUUUACACCCCUAUCCUUGAGGCCCAAGAAUUUGGAUCCUCAAAGUCCAUGGAUCCUAGCAUGUAAAGUGAAGCAUAGGCGCAAGUUUCAAGUCAAUCAGAGAUCAAUUGGCGAUUCGGGAGAAGAAAUUUGGGCAUGUCCUGAAGGAUAAUGGAUUUCUACAUCAUUUUAUGGACAAAAAAUCAUGUAAACCUGUCAUGAAAAGAAAGAGUACGAAACUACAAGCGUCUGGGAUCAAAUAGCGACUGAUUCAGAGUCCGGAUGAGGGGGAUAUGAAGCAUCAAAGGCAGUGGAAUAGGUUCGGCGGAACAAGUACGGGCAGACUACCAUAAAAGCACGGUAAAGUUUCAUUUGGCCCCCACCAGUUUUUUUUAUGCCGAAUCUGGAUCUUGAAUAAUGUUGAAGGGAUGCAAAACACGGGCGGAUGAAAGCACGGCCUGCGAAACACGGCCUUGUUUUUGCUCCUGCUCGAGUAUAAGUCUGUUUUUUGCGAUUUUAGAGGGGGGGGGGGGAGUUGGGUUUUGGUUCCCAAACACCCAAGGGACAAACCAAAGAGAGAGAGAGAGAGAGAGAGAGGGAGAUUUGAGGGCGAUCUUGGAGGAUUUCUUCGCCUUGGAAGCUCGAGGAACAAGCCCAGACUUGAAGACUGAUCAUCUGAAGAUCCUUACUGCAGUCUCUCUCUUCUCUAUGGAGUAAAUUCCCUUCACUUAGGUUUUGAGGAACCCUAGCUACGUUUGUUUGAUUGGAUGAUUGUAUGAGUACUCUUACUUGAUAAUCUUGAGUUCAUAUUCAAUCUAUGCAUGUUUUCAUGAUUCAAUUCUGCUUUAGCCGAGAUUAUUGAUUCUGCUUUGAUCCCAUGAGAGCGAAUACCCGAUUAGGUCAAUAGAGCACCAUCGAUUGAUAGUAUUGGAUCGAUUGCUUUAAUCGAGGGUUAAUUCAAUGUUUUCUAAUGAAUAAGAACCUCAUUUGAUAGAUGGAGUCUAGUUUGGAAUGCCUUGAUCGGUUGUUCUAGAGAAGGAUACGUCCCUCUAGGCAAUUGACUCAAGAGGGCCUUGUUCCUUUAGUCGAGACUCAAGGUCUAGUUAAGGAUUCUCCGCAUUGUGAAUGAAAUUGAAAUAGGUUA